AUGAGUGUUCCAUUGGAGCACGGGAAUAUUUUAAAACAUAAAAAUGGAGAGCUGAGAUCGAAAGUGGCUGGAGCCAGUCGGAUACAUGUUUAUGAUUUUGACAAUUCGUUAUUUUAUUCUCCGUUGCCCAAUCCGAUGUUAUUCAAUGCCGAGUCCAUUGAGCUGCUAACUAAGAAUCCAGACCCUAUGUCUAAGUACAAUUGGUUUUCCAAUGUUCAGAUUUUGCAGGAAGUUAGGAAAAACGUUAGUGGUGAGGAAUUGUGGAGCAGCAUUUUAUCUCAAUUGGUUGUGAAUUCCCAUAAAAACCAGGAUACUCUCACAAUUCUUUCUGUUACUAGAAUUCCUGAACUAUUUGCUUCAAUUAUUUUGGACUUGCUCCGGUCCGUUCAACUGGACACCAAAUUCGACUGUAUAUUGGUCAACGAAGACCCAAACUAUUUGGAUUGGGUCAUCUCUGCGACUGCAUCGAGUUUUGUCGGAAUCCAGGAGAUCUCGUACUAUUCUCCAACUAACCAAUUGAACAUUUCUGGAGUCAGAUGUUUAAACAUCAAAGUCCCGUUCCAAACGUCGUACUUGCUUCCUCAGACCGAAGUUUCGACCGUUCAUGAGAUGCUUAUAGGUGAACCGUUUGAGCUGCGUCGAAGCAUCUUCUGGUCGUUCUACAUGUUGAGUCCCGACUCGCGUCAGGAGGUGCUACGCAGAACCGUGACAGAAGAAUUUAUUCCUAGCGAGGACAGAGAAGAGCUGGUGUUUGAGGCGGAAGGAGUGCUGAUCGGCAAGAACCAGCUGUCCCAGGCAAAACUGGAGGAGCUGGGUGGACUGUCCAAGAAGGUUGUGUUGGGCGCACUUAGUUUUGGAAGCAUCAAGGGCAGGAUCUAUGCCAUGCGAGUGUUGAUAAACGACUCAAACGCACAAUCUCAAACAUACUUGCAACCACCGGCGAUUGUGAUUGCACGAAAGCCAGAUGUUCUUCUCAAGGAAGUGGAAGAAAUCACCAACUGGGAAAUCACGCGCGAUUUGUUCAGAUUGGACGCCCAGAUCGAAUACAAACAGAUCUUCAAGAUCCAGAGCGAGAAAAGUAAAUAG